GACAGGAAGUGUUGCAGGCUGAGCGUGAUAUUUGUUUACAGCGGUACGAUUGUUGGCUCAUUUUGUGUGGAGUGAACGUUCACUAGUUAGCCAGCUAGUGAAGAAGCUAACAUGGUAGAUAAAGAAGACACUGUGACCUCUCACAAUAUGCCUCUCAAAAGAUAAGGGACUAGAUGAUGAUACAGUAUGACCAAAGACCCGGUGCAUCAUGGCAUUGUCUGAAGUUUAUUGGGAUCGCCAAAUACCACUUCCAAAGCUUGCACCAGUCCAAGCCAAGGUCACUGUCGCCCUGGUGGCCCUGCUGUGCUUCAUUAACAGUUAUGACGGAGAGUUUGUGUUUGAUGAUUCUGAAGCAAUUGUCAACAACAAGGACUUGAAACCUUCAACACCCCUGAACAACAUCUGGAGCAAUGACUUCUGGGGAAGCAACCUGAGUAGCAACUCUAGUCACAAAUCCUAUCGACCUCUCACUGUCCUUACGUUUAGGUUGAACUACCUCAUGGCAGGAGGCCUGCACCCUGUUGGCUUCCAUGUGCUGAACAUCAUCCUCCAUGCUGUCAUAUCUGCCCUCAUGAUUGACGUGUUUGCUAUACUGAUUGGUGGACUGGCCCAUGAUGAGAAGGGUAGGAUACUGAACAAUGCUCCCAAGACCUCUCUGCUGGCUGCCCUCUUGUUUGCCGCACACCCCGUCCACACAGAAAGUGUGGCUGGUAUAGUGGGUCGAGCAGAUCUUUUGUGCGCUUUGUUCUUCCAGCUGUCUUUCCUCACCUACUGCAAAGCUUUCAACCGAGGGAGUGACAGAGAUGACAGGUUUUCCGUCCAGUGGGUUGUGGUCAGCCUCUCGCUGUGUGCUGCUGCGAUGCUCUGUAAAGAACAAGGCAUUACAGUCUUGGGCGUAAAUGCAGCCUUUGAUGUCCUUCUGAUCUGUAAUGUUAAUGUGUAUGAACUCAGCCAGAGGCUACUCCUGAGGAGGAACCCGCUCCAUAUAAGUGAGAUAUUGCGACCGGGGUUGCUUACCCGAUUAGCUCUCAUGGGUCUUGGAGGAUUCUCAAUGCUCUAUGCACGCUGGAGGAUCAUGGGAACAGGACCACCAGCAUUCACUGAAGUAGACAACCCUGCCUCAUUUGCAGAAAAUAUAUUUCUAAGAAUAGUGAACUAUAAUUACUACUACUCUCUGAAUGCCUGGCUGCUGCUGUGUCCCUGGUGGCUGUGUUUUGAUUGGUCCAUGGGCUGUGUGCCUCUCAUUAAGUCAGCCACUGAUUGGAGGAUGGUGUGGCUGCUGCUGCUCUGGUGCAUCCUGAUAGGCUUGAUAAGCCAAGCCUUAUGCUCGCAGGACAGCCAGAGGAGGAGGACACUGACCUUGGGCCUGGUGCUGCUGGGUCCUUUUCUGCCGGCUUGUAACAUCUUUUUCAGGGUGGGCUUUGUCGUUGCUGAGAGAGUGCUCUACCUGUCUUCAGCUGGAUACUGCCUGCUGUUGGCCUACUCUGUGGGACACUGCUGCUGCCGCUGGUCCAGAUACAGGAAGCCACUGUGUGUGUCGGUGCUCGCACUGUUGUGUGUGUAUGUAGCUCGCUGUGCUCUCCGCAGUCACCAGUGGCGAUCAGAGCAAAGCCUCUUCACCAGUGCCCUGACCGUCUGUCCACUUAAUGCCAAGGUGCAUUAUAAUGUCGGUAAGAACCUGGCUGACAGAGGAAACUCAACCGCUGCUAUCGCAUAUUACAGAGAGGCAGUCAGUCUUCACCCCACCUAUGUCCAUGCCAUGAAUAACCUGGGGAACAUCCUGAAGGAGAGGAAUGAACUGAUCGAGGCGGAGCAUCUGUUGUCCAAAGCUGUUUCUAUUCAGCCUGACUUUGCUGCAGCUUGGAUGAAUCUGGGUAUAGUUCAGAACAGCCUGCAGAGGUUCGAGGCAGCAGAGAAGAGCUAUUGGAAUGCCAUCCGCUUCCGGAAAAAAUACCCAGACUGCUACUAUAAUCUCGGACGCUUGUAUGCUGACCUGAACAGAAAUGUGGAUGCCCUGAACGCAUGGAGGAACGCAACCGUGCUAAAACCUGACCACAGCCUGGCAUGGAACAACAUGGUCAUACUGCUGGACAACACUGGUAACUUGGGUCAGGCUGAGCUGAUCGGCCGAGAGGCUCUGAGGCUCCUCCCGAACGACCACACUAUCAUGUUUUCAUUGGCCAACGUCCUGGGGAAAUCACAGAAAUAUAAGGAGUCAGAGGGCUUCUUCCUUCAUGCACUCCGGAUCAACCCAAAUUCUGCUAGUUGCCAUGGCAAUUUAGCUGUACUGUACCAUCGCUGGGGAAAGUUGGAGCUGGCGAAGAAACACUAUGAAAUGUCUCUACAGUUGGACCCUGAGGCUCCUGGGACCAGAGACAACUAUAACAUGCUGCGACGCAAACUGGACCAGCUCAAACACCCCACACCCUGAGGGAGCAUACUGGGACCCCUGCCUGCCCUAAAACACAUUUUUCCAUUGUUCCACUUGUUUUCAUUUUUUACCACUAAUUCUGCCUUUUUUACCAUUUAGAAAUA